UUCACCUGGAGGGCCUGAUCAACACCUCUUUCUCCACAUUACCCGACUAUGGGGACGAACACAGACUGAGUCGAUUGAUUACAACGUUGGCUUGGGGGCAGUGCCUGCGAAGCCAGAUUCCAACGACGUCAUCCGGAACCGUAUAUAAAGCGUAACAGCAUGGACGGAAUCGCAACGCCUGGCAUGACUAACGGAACUAAUUUGUUGUCAAAGACCAAAGCAUCACUAUGCCAAUGAAGAGAAUACUAGCGACCCUUUUGCUCUUUGCGGGCGUCCAUGCCCUACCUCAAAGCAAGAGAACGAUUGAAUGGAAAUCUUGUCCUGAACUCAACAAACAAAUCUUCGAGGAAAUAGGCCUGGAAGGUGCACCCUUCGACUGCGCAACAUUGCCAGUUCCACUCGACUAUACUGAUCCCACGUCGGAGAAACUCCCGCUGUCUCUGUUCAGGAUCAAUGCCACCAAGAAACCCGUCCUCGGCACGGUCCUUUACAAUCCUGGUGGUCCAGGAGGAACAGGUGCUGAAUCUGCCGUAUGAUGGCCCAAAGCUGAUGGAGAACAUGGGAGGGCAGUUCAAUAUGGUCUCAUUCGAUCCCCGUGGCACAGGCAACACGAUCCCAUUCAAUUGCACUCCCGCAGACAGCUCUUCCCUCACAAGACGUGAGACUGGAGCCCUAGUCAGUACAAACGUCACGGAACACUUCCUUCAUGGUGGAUGGGACGACGCUGUUACCAGGGCAGACUUGUGUCAAGCUACCAACAACAAGACCGGACGCUUUCUUGGUACAACAUUUGUGGCUCGUGACAUGCUCCACAUCAUCGAUGCCCUUGGUGAGGAUGGCAUGUUACGAUACUACGGCUGGUCUUACGGUUCAGCUCUGGGAGAAUACUUUGCUGCCAUGUUCCCCGAUCGUGUUGAUCGCAUGUUGCUCGAUGGGGUCGUGGACCCCAACGUCUGGAAACUGGGCCACCGCAGCAAAUACCUGGUCGAUGCGGACGCAGCUAUGCAGGGGUUCGCUGAAGAGUGUGCCAAAAACAAGAACGACUGCGCGAUUGUCAAUGCUACUGGUCCUGCAAAUGCCUCCGAGAUCUUUGAGUGGCUCAACGUGCUACUCGAGCCUCUAGCUCAGAAUGCGACAAACUCUGAAGAAGCAUGGCAGGUGUACUAUGCCAGCAAAUCGUACAUUUUGUCCCAGCUCUAUUGGCCGUCCAGGUGGCCGACGCUUGCACAAGGGCUUGUGCUCGCGUCUCAAAAUGUGAGUGCGAUUGUCGGAGACACAUCAGCGUCGGCGUUAUCUACGGCAUACAACCACGGCCCGGACUCAGUCGACGGCAUUCGCUGCAGCGACGCCAUCUUUCAAGUUUCUUCACCAGACGAUUACCUGCCCCAAGUCGAAUUACAAUCUGGCAUCAGUGAAAGCUUUUCUGACAUUGGCUACGAAGCUCUUUGGACUUGUGCGGCGUGGAAGAUGCCCAACAAGGGGCGAUACGAAGGAAACUUCACAGCGAAGACCAGUACUCCAAUUCUCCUCGUAAAUGGUGAGUACGAUGUCACAACGCCGAUCCAGGGCGCGUACAAUGCAAGCCGUCUCUUCGACGGGAGCGUGGUGCUGGCUCAUUCUGGCUAUGGUCAUGGCAUCAUUGCCAGCCCGUCGAAAUGCGUGGCGAACUAUAUCUCGGCUUACUUCGUCAAUGGCACCCUGCCUGACCCAGGCACUCACUGUAAGCCGGACCUGGGACCAUGGGAAGCUGCAAAUGCUACGGGAGGCAGUGCUUGAGGCCUCGGACAGGAUCAACUCCAACAAUUGAUGUCUCUCUCCACCUGUAUUUCAAUUGCUUGUU